AUGCUGCCGGCUUUAGAUGUGUUUUCCGGGAUUGGUGGAUUUGCAAGGGCACUCCAAGGGAUUGCAACGGUCAAGAAAUUCUGUGACAUUGAUCCGUCCGCUCGGGCAUGUAUACGGCGAAACAUGGAUAGGGGGCUGCUCGAGGAGGCAGAGAUUGAGACAGACAUCAGGAACCUCGAGGGGUCAAAAGACGUUGAAGUGAUCGCUGCAGGGAUCCCGUGCCUCGGUUUCUCGCCGCUAGGGCUAAAGGCAGGUUUUGAGCAUAUCCAAACGAAGCUAUUCUACGAGCUUCUCAGGGUCAUUGACGAGUGUGAUCCCCAGCUCAUAUUUCUCGAGAACGUGCCAAACAUUGUCCUCCACGGCAUGCACACGGUGGUCGAUGAAUUGCACGAGAGGAGGGGGUAUGAUCUGUCCUGGGUCCUUCUGCCCGCUUAUGCAGUUGGGGCAUACCACACCCGGCUCCGGUGGUUCUGCCUGGCCAAAAAACCGAAUCUCAAGCUGACUUGGGACAAUCUGUCCUUCGUACCACACUGCUUUGACACCAAGGACCCGCCGCCCAGGAUGAUUGGGAGAGACGAUCCGGGGUGGCUUGAGAGGGCAAAGAGAUGCUUUCUUUUGGGGAACAGCAUCGUGCCUUGCGCAGCCCGUCUCGCCUUCUUUCUGCUGGCAAGUGGUUUCAAGCAGGGAGAUAUUGCUGCACCGACCCUGGUCAUGGGGGAACCAGGCCCGGCCCUACGCACGGUGGUGGAUGAGACAGCCCCUGGCUUUGUCUUUCCCCGGUGGGGAGGAGUCGACUCGAAAAGUGUCUACAGCAUCCCGGUGAUGCACUUUAGGAGGCCCGAGCUGCAGUUGCAACUGUUCCAAAGGCCGCAGCUCGAGGUGCUUCUUACAGAAAAGGUCACGUCUCCCGUCAUUUAUUCGCAAUUGCUGCGAUUGUGGAGCACCCCUCGUGCCGGUUGCACUGGAAGCAGUCGCAUCCUUACUGAGAGGAGCAGCCGAGAUCUCCCGACGCAGGUCAAGUUUGAGGUGGGAACUCCGGAACAUGAGAGAAAGGGCCAGCUGAAUCCAGAUUGGGUUGAAGAGGUUCUGAUGGGUUAUCCAAGAGCCAAGCUCCGAAAGGUUGCGGAGGAGGCAAAGGGGCUAAGGUCUGCAGGGACGGUCGACCGGGUGGUUGUGAUCGUGGAUGGAGCAGGCGCAAGCUCUUGUGGCUCACAAGCAUUGAAGGCCCUCGGCCAGCUGUUCAGCCUCGAAGACUGCAGCCUCUUGGAUAUCGUGAGCACCAUCCUCCUGAUCAAUGCCGAUGACACGCUAAAGGGGGCUUGGGCCGUUGCCAAGCUCAUGGAACCUGCAAAGAGGUAUGCCCCACUUGUUCGGGUGCUAGAGUGA